AUGUCCGCAAGACAGCUUCGAAUAGCGAUACCGACGUUGUCUGUAUGCCUCUUUGUGUCCUUCGUUGAUCAGACGAGUGUAUCGACAGCAACACCUGCCAUAGCUGGAGAUUUGAACACUGGGACGGCGACAUCAUGGAUCGGCACAUCUUUCCUGAUCGCUUCGACAGCGUUCCAGCUUAUCAACGGGAGACUGUCUGACAUUUUUGGUCGAAAGGGUCUCUUGCUCUCGUGUCUCUUUCUUCUGGCAAUGGGUGACCUGGGCUGUGGGUUCUCACAGACUGCGAACCAAUUUUUUGUGCUGCGUGCUAUCGCGGGCAUUGGUGGCGGGGGCAUCAACAGUCUGGUCAUGAUCAUUGUGAGCGACAUCACGACACUGCAAAAUCGUGGAAAAUAUCAAGGUUGGCUUGGUGCUGUCAUCGCUCUCGGCAACGGUAUUGGUCCAUUCCUUGGAGGUGCUGUCGUUGAAGGCGGAUCGUGGAGAUGGGUCUUCUGGAUGAUCCCCAUCAUGACAAUCCCGACCACACUGGUGCUUUUGUUUUUCCUACCGCUGAAACAUGUGUCGAGCGAUACCAUGGACAAAAUGAAGAAGAUCGACUAUGGCGGCAUAGUGCUCAACAUCGCAUCGACACUCUUGCUUCUCAUCCCUCUUUCGGGUGGCGGAGUCACGUACGCCUGGUCAUCCGCAUUCUUCAUUGGCGCCACCGUGGUCGGUGUCGUCCUAACGAUCUUAUUCGUUCUAUACGAGUGGAAAAUUGCAUCUCUGCCGAUCAUGCCUCUUCGACUGUAUCGUGCUCCGCACUGCUGGGCGCUGUAUCUGCAAGCAUUCCUCACUGGCCUGGCAUAUUUUGGAAACUUUUUCUAUCUACCUAUUUACUUUCAGUCCAUACUCCGGUACUCUCCACUGGUGUCAGGCGCUCUGAUCCUCCCAGUUGUGGUAACUUCAUCAGUCGCGUCCAUUGUGAGUGGGCAGUACAUGUCACGGAUCGGGAGCUACAUGCACUGCAUUCUAGUUGGCUUCGUACUCUGGACGAUUGGAAACUGCCUCACCUUACUGUUCAAGAAAAACACGGGUCUUGUACUGCUGAUCGUGGCACUUAUCGUGGAAGGUGCUGGAAUUGGUCUGACCCUUCAGCCGACACUCGUAGGCAUGUAUGCCAACAGCCGCACAGAAGACCGAGCGGUCACAACAGGGCUACGCAACUUCAUACGUACCAUAGGUGGAGCAUUUGGCCUUGUCGUCUCCGGAGUGAUACUUUCCAACACGCUUCGAGAGGGUCUUGUGGCGGAAGACUACGUGUCUGACAGCUUGCUGUCUGAUUUGACUUCCUCGACGUAUACGCUCGACAACCUCAACCUCACGCAAGUCCAGCAGGACCAUAUCUUGGAUGUGUACAUGCGAGGGCUACACUACAUCUUCGUGUUCUUCAUAGUUUGCUCGGGUUUAAGCCUAGUUUUGACAUGCUGGGUUGGCAACACUAGCCUCAAGGCUCCGAAACCUAGGGCAGAAGGUGAGGAUGACAUGGCGGCCGAUGUAGAGGAACUGCCUUCCUCACAAGUCAUCGAUGGGCAGGAUACUAAGGCAGACAAGCUCUCCGUUGCAGAGAAGGGCAUGCACAUCGUCGAUCAUGAUGCGCAAUAUGAUUCUCGGCGAUGA